AUGUCUGAUCAACAAACGUUUAAUAUCGACUUUAACGUCCCAUUUCACCUAGUUUAUCACUAUUACAUCUCUGGAACGGUUGCAUUCUUCCUCAACACGUUUGUCAUUUAUCUCAUAAUUUUUCACAGCUCGAGGCUGGAUUCAUUUAAAUUCUACUUGCUAGCAUUUCAAAUCUCAUGUCUCAUCUGUGACUUGAACACUGCCUUCCUUAUGCAGCCCAUUGGCUUGUUCCCAAUUUGUGCAGGCUAUUCCUAUGGCAUUCUGUCACGAGUGUUUUCAUGGAGUUCGCACUUACUUAUGACAAUCUUCACAUUUCUUAUCAGUGAACAAGUCAAUAUCCUUGCAAUUUGUUUUCUUCGUAAACACAAAGCAAUUAUGAGCUUAGAGGAUAUUACAAGCUCCGCCAAUUAUAUAUAUCAUGUGUGGUAUUCAUUUUGUUUGCUAUUUCCUUUUGCAAUUGCGUUUUCCAUUUACCGUAGUGGCGACACAUUGCAUGAACAAAUGAGAAUUCUAGAAGAGCUGUAUCCUGAAUAUGCAGGUCAAUUUGGGAAUCUUCGAGAAUUUCAAUAUUAUCCCAUGAACAAUAAGUUGAUUUUAUUUUUUGCACUUGUUACAUUUGGAACCACAAAAUCCACUGUCCUGAUAACAUGCCUUGUUUACCGAAUGUACACAGCACUGACAAGAAUUCAAAGCCGACUAUCCACCUAUGACCUUGUCAAACACAAAGUUGUUUUAAAAAGUUUGAUAGUUCAGUUUUUGACAACUCCAAUCUCAUUCAUUCCUGUUUUCGUUAUAAUGAUGACUGUGAUAGUUCCUACAUAUCACUCGCAGGAAAUCUCUUGGGUUGCUUGCAUGGUUUCUACAACUCACUCAAUUUUUAAUUCAAUCGUUGUAAUUUUGACUUAUCCCGAGUUUAGAAGAGUUGUCGUGUUUUGGAAAACAUGGAAGAAGAAAACUAAGACGUCACAGCGCAUUUUGAUUAAUUGCUUUAAAAUUUAA